AUGGCCACCGCCGAAAAGACCAAAGAGCAGCCCAAGAAGUUCCCCGUCCCGGAUGACCUCUCCUCAGGCGAAGACUAUGACAGCGCCGACGACUAUACCGACGAGGAAUCUGAAGAGGAGGUGCCACAGACCAAGGCCCAGAAGAAGCUACAACUCCAAAAACGGAAACAACCCGUGCAACAAGACGACGAAGAGACAGAUGAAGACGACUAUGGUUCAGACGAGUAUGAAUACUCCGACGAUGACGACGAAGCCUUCCAGCCUUACUCCAACCAAAACUCCGACUUCAAACCCAACGGCGGUAUGGACGUCCUCCACAAGGAGGAGAAGUCAAUGCUGGACGAGGAGGGCAUGAAGUUGAGAUUGGAACUGAAUCUGGAGAUCGAGGUCGAGCUGAAAGCACGUAUCCACGGAGAUCUCACAUUAGCUCUGAUGUAA